AUGUGUCCGUUUUGCUACCAGCGCAACCAUUUCCCGCAACAUUAUCAAUCCAUUUCUCAGACCAAUUUACCUGCGGAAUUGUACCCUAAUUUCCCUUCAAUCGAAUACACCAUUCCCAGUUAUCCCCAAAACCCACAGAAUUUCAACCUGUCCACGACAGUUUGUCCCAUUUAUCUGUUUGUUUUGGAUACAUGUUUGCUCGAGGAGGAGCUGGAGUUUGCAAAAUCUGCCUUGAAGCGUGCGAUUGGAAUGCUGCCGGAUAAUGCGAUGGUUGGGUUUGUGUCCUAUGGUACGCAGGUACAGGUGCACGAGCUGGGGUUUUCAGAUAUGUCGAAGGUUUAUGUGUUUAGGGGAUCAAAAGAGUUGUCAAAAGAUCAGUGCGAAUAUACACUCAAUUCGCUGUUGGAUGAGAUGGGAACAGAUCAAUGGCCAGUGGCGCCAGGGAACAGGGCAUUAAGGUGUACAGGAGUUGCGUUGAGUGUUGCAGCGGGGUUGCUAGGGGCAUCAACCGUGGGAACUGGUGCACGAAUUAUUGCAUUAUUAGGUGGUCCAUGCACAGAAGGUCCUGGAUCGAUUGUAUCCAAAGACUUGUCCGAUCCGGCUCGUUCUCAUAAGGACCUUGACAAGGAUGCGGCACCAUUUUUCAAAAAAGCAGUACAUUUCUAUGAGGAAAUUGGAAAACAGCUAGUCAACCAGGGUCAUGUUUUGGAUGUCUUUGCCUCUGCACUUGAUCAGGUUGGGAUUGCUGAGAUGAAGGUUGCCAUUGAAAGAACUGGCGGACUUGUUGUUCUAGCCGAAAGUUUUGGUCACUCUGUCUUCAAGGAAUCAUUCAAGCGCAUUUUCGAAGAUGGGGAACAGUCUCUUGGGCUUUCAUUCAAUGGAACGCUUGAGAUCAACUGUUCAAAGGAUAUUAAGAUUCAAGGGAUUAUUGGUUCAUGCACAUCAUUGGAGAAGAAAGGACCUGCUGUUGCAAACACUGUUAUCGGACAGGGCAAUACUACAGCUUGGAAGAUGUGCGGUCUCGACAGAAACACUUGCAUGACUGUGUUUUUUGAUAUUUCUUCUAAUGAAAAGUCAGAUCCAUCCGGAAUGAAUCCUCAAUUAUACAUACAGUUCAUUACAAGUUACCAGAGCCCCGAAGGCCAAACAAGGCUGAGAGCAACAACUGUUACUAGACGAUGGGUAGAUAGUGCUGUUGGCACUGAGGACUUAGUGAGCGGGUUUGAUCAAGAGGUUGCUGCUGUAGUCAUGGCUAGAUUAGCUUCUUAUAAAAUGGAGAUGGAGUUCAUGUUUAAUCUGCGGAGAUCACAAUUUGUACAGGUGUUCAAUAAUAGUCCCGAUGAGACGGCCUAUUUCCGCAUUUUAUUGAAUAGGGAGAUCAUAAGCAAUGCUGCAGUCAUGAUUCAACCGUCAUUAAUAUCGUAUUCAUUCAAUGCACUACCUGCACCUGCUUUGCUGGACGUGUCAUCCAUUGGACCUGAUCGUAUCCUAUUGCUGGAUUCAUAUUUCAGUGUAGUUAUUUUCCAUGGAUUGACAAUUGCUCAAUGGAGAAACAUGGGUUAUCAGAAUCAGCCAGAACAUCAGGCUUUUGCACAUUUGUUACAAGCUCCACAUGACGAUGCCGAAUUGAUUAUUCGUGACCGGUUUCCGGUGCCAAGGCUGGUGGUCUGUGAUCAGCAUGGCUCCCAGGCAAGAUUCCUGUUGGCAAAGUUGAACCCAUCUGCGACAUACAAUAAUGCACACGAGAUGGCAGCUGGCUCAGAUGUGAUUUUCACCGAUGAUGUGAGUCUACAAGUGUUCAUUGAUCAUCUUCAGCGGCUGGCUGUCCAAGCUUCUUAA